CCUUUGCUCAGAACACAACUCAAUAAAAUGACGACAUUCAGUAAAUUUUUCCAAGAACACAUACGGCCACGAACUUGUCAAGAUAUUAUACACACGGAAACAUGCAGGGAGCAUUUAACCAAGGAUAUAUUAUUAUAUGUUUUAUCAAAUUUUAAAUAUUUUGCACCAAUAUGUUUAUUGCCAGCUCUCGUUAAAAUACGAACCACUAAUAAAAAGAAGCUACGGAAAACUUUGGAAUAUUAUUUGAGCUGUUCAGUGCUGGGUUCAUGUGUUGGAAUUGCAACAGAUAUGCUAAUAUGUAUCCUAAGAAACAUUUGCGGCCAGUUCGGUUAUUACAGCUUUUUGUUUAUGCCCGCAUUUCUGAGUGCCAAUAUACUAUAUUUGGGUCCACAACGUGUAAUUAAUUUAUACGAAACUACUAUCUUUCAAUGUGCAUUUGAAACUUUUUUCCUUAUGCGUAAAAAUAUCAUUAGUCGUACGAUUGUGAAUUCAAAAAUUAUUCAAACCUGUUUGUUUAUGACCUGCAGUGCCAUUAUUUUGCAUGGCAAACAAAUGUAUAAUGCUCAGGGAUUUUGGUUAUUACGUCCUAAUCCAAAAAUACAACCAAUGGAAAACGCAGAACAAUGUCUGAAAUGUGAAUUGCACCCGCAAAGUACCUGCAAACAAUAUAUAUUUGAUGGUAUGCGUAAAUAUUUUAUAUUUGGUCUAUCUUUGGAUUUCAUUAAAAUGUUAAUGAGUCCGGUGAGAUCAUCGCAAAAUCAAUCUAAACUUUUAAGCAAAUUGAAGAACUUUCGUAUACGUUCAAUGACUUUGUUUACUGCUUAUAUUGGAAUUUAUAGAUUCGCUCACUGUUGGUUUAAUGGCAAAAAUUAUUGCACCGAUAAUUGGAAUCAUAUUUUAUCAGCAUUCCUUGCAGGAUCAUGUUACUAUUUGUAUCCCCAAUCAACCCUAUUUUCAUUUGCAUUGGUUCAAGCAAUACGCUCCAUGUGGACAAUUUUUGAAGUUUCAAAUAUUGAUACACAAAAUACGAUUUUAAAGCUAAUACUUGCAAUUCCCUAUGCUAGAAUUCUCUAUCCUUUCGCUUUGGGCAAUAUGGUACAUUUAUUGGUAAUGCAGCCGAAAUAUAUAAGUAAUUUGGCAGCUACAGUAGCCAAUGGUCUAACUAACAAUUUUCCUAAACACAUUCAAAAUGAAAUAUAUUUAUUACAAAAGCAACUUAAAUUUCAAAGAAAGCUUUAACAAUUUUGUAAAAAUUGUUCAUAGAUGUGGGCCUAUUUCGUAAUUCGAUUCGAAUACAAAAUUAAUUGAAUAAAUUUAUUAACGAAAAUCGAAAAUUCGUUCGAAUUAGCCAAAAACCGCUCGAUUGUUGGAUGGGAAUAAAAAUCAAUUAUUUUACCAAUUAGAAAAGUAGCAAACAUGUUUAAUAUAAUUUUUUAAUAAAAAUAUGAUAUAAACAAACCAAA